GCGCAACUUCGUGAGAUGGUUGCUUCACAACCAUCGAAGUGCGAAGCGCUCCCCACGAACCUAGGUUCGUGAAUAGCUGUAAUCUGUAAACAGUUUCGAGUCGGAAACGGAAAGAAAAGUAUAACGCAAUGCGCGUGUCAAAAUAAAACAAGUUAUAUGAUUGACUACGUUCCGCGUCUGUCACCACCGCGGUCACGUAGCUUUUCGUACAGUCUUCUCGUAGGGUUACGCCAAAAACGGUUGGUGUGCGUAUUCUUUACCUCCGCCGAGUAGCGCAAUAUUCUAACACAACACCCACAUUUAGGGGGAGAUAAAUAUCCUUUUAGUAUAUAAUUCAUUUUAGAUAUUUAGGACAAAUUAAACCACACGAGGCAUUAUUGACUUUUUGCGAUCCCAAAUUUUUCUUUUGUUUUAUUGAUAGAAAUAUAUAAAGAUAUUUUCUUUAUUUACUGACUGCCCCAAUUGAUUUUAUAAAAAAAAAAAUCAAACAAGAUACGCUCAUCCAGUCCUUUCCAAAUUACUUUCACUUCAAAUCCGUCCAAAUAUACGAGACAUUAAAUUCAGCAUUGUAAAUAUCAAAUGUUAAAUGUAGGCAAUCUUCGUAAAUGUAGUUUCAAUAAUGAAAUAAAAUAUUCAUUAAAGAGCAACAGCAAUGUUUCCAAUAAUAAUUUUAAAUUAGAAAAAUUAUUUUUAAAAAAUACAAAAUAUAUGGAAAUAAAUUGAUUUCUGUUGAAUCCUGUUUCGUAUUUUCAGAAUAACAUUUAAUUUUAUUUACGGAACUCUCUGAUAUUGAAAACAAAUUAGUGAUUACAACACGUGCAAUAUGCCGACCGACAGCAAACGUAUUUCGGGUCCUGAAACAUCAAAUACUCCUUAUUCAUACUGUAAAAACAUUGAAACACGGGCUUUACUUGAUGAAAACCAAAGAAGAUGGGACUCCAGGCUUUUCAAUCAAAUGCGACCUACAUUUUUACGUGCUGGAGUAGUCAGUCAAGCCAAAGGAUCUGCUUACAUUGAACUGAACAAAACCAAAGUUAUCUGUGCUGUUUAUGGGCCACGGGAAGUUACACGCCGAGAGGAAUUUAGUAUGAAAGGUCAACUGACAUGUGAGUUAAAGUUUGCUACAUUCUCAUGCAAACUUCGCCGACAACAUCAACCUGAUAGUCAAGAAAAAGAUUACUCUAUACAAUUACUUGAGGCACUUGAACCAGCAGUUUGUUUGCAUAAAUUUCCAAAGGCACAAGUGAAUGUAUAUGCAACAGUUCUAGAAAAUGAUGGCAGCAUUCUUGCAGCUGCUAUCACUGCUGCAUCUGUAGCUUUGGCAUAUGCUGGCAUUGAGAUGUAUGAUUUGGUUGUCAGCACUAGUGUACGUAUUUCCAAUAAAUGCAUCUUAUUGGAUCCAAGCAGAGAAGAAGAGUUCAAACCACAAAAAGAAGUGGAUGAAAACAAUGCAAGUCUCACAGUUGCCUAUAUGCCAUCCUUGAAUCAGAUAUCAGCUCUAACUUCCAGUGGUGAAUGUGUGUUGGAAAUGGUAACAAAGGCCAUUAAGCUAUGUAUUGAUAGUUGCCAAAAAAUUUACCCUGUCAUUCAACACUGCCUAAUCAAGUCAAAAGGAUUUGAUCAAUAAAUGUUAUUGAUUUUUUU